AUGACUGUGUCAGACUCCAGCUUUUUAAUCUAUCAUGUUGUGUAUAUGGUGCACCAAGUGUUUCAUGAGAUACUUUUGAAGAAAAUGCAAAUGGAAUCUCCAAAAAAUGCUGACCAACGUGUGCUUCUUUCCUGGCAGAUAAAACAUUUUCCAAAACCAGAAUAUGCAUCAGGCAUGUUCAAAUACUGCCAGUGCUUGGAGAUUUCUGAAUCUGUGUGUAGCCAGAGCUGUCGUCCUGGAUUCCAGAAAGUUACUCAAGAAGGAACUGCUUGCUGUUUUAUUUGUGUUUCUUGCAAAGAGAGAGACAUUUCAAAUCAAACAAAUGCAAAGCAGUGUAUGCAGUGCUCAGUUCAAGAGUUUCCAAACAAUGAGAGAACCCACUGCCUCCUCAAAUCUGCGACAUUUCUAGCUAUUGAGGAUUCCUUGGGGUUGGUCAUGGCCUGUAUAGCUCUGUGCCUGUCUGUGGUCACAGUUGUGGUUUUAGCCACCUUUGUGAAGCACCGAAACACUCCCAUAGUCAAGGCCAAUAACCAGACUCUGAACUUCAUCCUGCUCAUCUCUCUCCUCCUGUGUUUCCUUUGCUCUCUGCUCUUCAUUGGCCAUCCUACCACAGCCACCUGCAUACUUCAACAAGUCACAUUUGCUCCUGUGUUCGCUAUGACAGUUUCCACUGUUUUGGCCAAAACCAUUACUGUGAUUUUAGCAUUCAAGGCCAUGAAACCUGGAAGAAUAAUGAGGUACCUGCUGCUAUCAGGGGCUUGUAAUUCUGUCAUUUCCAUUUGUUCCCUAAUCCAAGUGGUGAUCUGUGGAAUCUGGUUGGCAACCUCUCCCCCUUUCAUUGACAUUGACUCACACUCUGAGCCCAGAAACUUCAUCAUUGUGUGCAACAAGGGCUCAGUGAUUGUCUUCUACUGUGUCCUCGGCUACCUGGGCUUCUUGGCCCUGGGGAGUUUCACCGUGGCUUUUCUGGCCAGGAACCUGCCUGACACAUUCAAUGAAGCCAAGUUCCUCACGUUCAGCAUGCUGGUGUUCUGCAGUGUCUGGAUCACAUUUGUCCCUGUCUAUCACAGCACCAAGGAGAAGUCCAUGGUGGCCGUCUCCAGUGCAGGGGUCCUAGUCUGCAUCUUUUUGCCCAAGUGCUACAUUAUUCUGAUAAGGCCUGAUGAGAACUCCUGGAAAGCUUUAAAAAAUAGAAUAAAAAAAAGAAGAGGAUCCAGUGAGAACUAG